AUGAUUAACAACGACUUGGGUACAUGUGUGCCGGAAGGAAAGACCUUCGCGCAAUGCGCAGCAGUACUGGCAAGCAAAAGCGGCGAUUACAAGAACAAACUCAUCGCCACCCGCGCCGAUCUGCUCGGCACGCUCACCACGUUCCAGAAUUGCUUGUCAGACCUUAAGGACGGCGACUACGCGUCCUUCCUGAAACGUACCGUCAUAGCCGGGAUGAGCGCCAUUCUGAAGGCACCUUACAAUAAGGCGAUCCUGACUAAGAUAAAGCAGAUGAUCCAAAACGGCAAGUCACUUGCUGAGCGGACCGAAACGGCCUGUGAAACCGGCACCGCCAUGACCACCAAUCCGCUUAUCGUCAAGGUGGUCAAGAAGGUCAUGUCGCUGACGUUCAAGCAAUCCUGGCAAGAAUGUAUCGUGCCACUUAUGAGGCCGAGUUCGGGUGUCCUCCUGAUCAGCAAGUAUGUCAAGAGCGACAACAAAUGCAAGCAGGCCGGACCCUCGGCCACAGCCGGUGAUGAUCGUCCUUUCCACAUGUUCGAUGCGAAUUUGUGGCGU